AUGAGUAUUACUUCCUGUCUCGACGACUACGAUUGCAAGAACGGAGGGUCCUGCGAGUCUCCGCUGGACUUCUUGGUGGACCAUGCCGAUGCCAUUGAACCGGCCAAGUGUGUUUGUCUGCCAGGGUAUAGAGGACACAAGUGCGAGUUCUCGUGCCCUGUUCUCUGCGAACACCGUGGCAAAUGCGUCAAGUGGAAUGAUCAUGGCGAGUUGGAAUUGCCAGACGACUUUCGCUGCGAUUGCCCAGCUGGGUUCGAAGGAAGACUCUGCCAAACUCGUGAAGCCAAGCCCGCAACAACUCCUGCACCCAUUGCAGCACCUACCGGUACCACCGCACCUCUAAAGCCAACUGCCAUUGCACCCAUUCCUACCCACAUCAAACAGCAGCACGAUAGCCCAGCGAAUCCAACUCUUGUGGCUGGUCUUGUUGUAUGUAUAGGAGGUGCCGUCGUCCUCCUCGCUCUCCUUCUCUCCCUGUUUCUUUCCCAAAAGAGAAACGGUGGAGAGAGCUCUGGACACGCCCGGGCGGACGAACUGGAAAUGGAGGAGGCAUCCCCACCUGUCGCAACCACCGUUAAUCACGAUGAAGAUCUUGUGGAACCAAGUGUCAAGAUUACCUAA